AGCGAGUUAAAUUGCUCUUAUUAGCCCUGUGGCUCUACUGAGUCUACUCUCUCUUGGUCUGUUUGAGAAACCAAAGCACCACCAUCAUCACUUGUUCUACACAACCUCAGCAGCCACACUAACCGCCGUCGCAUUCGCCACAAUCUGAUCCCGACCCACUGAAACUUUCGCCAUGGCCUUGAUCACUCUCUCAAUCUGCUACUUCCAAUUACCCCCGCCCCCCUCCCGACUCAAUCAGCACGGGAAUCUGGGAAUGGCCCAGGAAUGUGUGGGAGUUCUGAUGGGUUUGCCGGGAUUCUUGAAUCUCAGUGUUUGAUUAGUUGCAAAGUUUAAUUUCAAUUCAUUGUUUUUAAUUUCAUGCUUAUUAAUGAACUUUUUGGUAUGGGAUAACCUGGGAUGAUUAGGUUCUUCAAUUACGCAUGUGUUUCCAUUUGUUUAGUGUAAUAGAUUAUAUCAUUAAUUUAAUGUCAAACAAUUUAUUUUGGAAAGGAAAAUGUGAUUCGAGCUGUGAUUAGAUGAGUGACAAACAUUUUUGCCUUUUUGUUGAACCGGUGUCUGUUGUAAGCUUAUUAAAGGUUUAUUAUUCAUAUUGCUUGAGAAAGAGGAAGUUCUGAGAAUGUCAUUACAUAUCAUUUGUAGAGGUAUGUCGUUGUCGCGGCGAUAAUACCGGGAUGCCUAAACGGGUGGUUUUAGUUGUGGUGGACUGGUGGUGCUGGUUUGAGGUUCUUCAAUUGAUGGUGAUGGAGUGAGGGACUGGAGACUGGAGAGUGGAACCGUUGAGAAAGCACUAGAAUGAGGAGAGGGCUGUCAAUGAGGGGUGGCAGGGAAGAAAAAAAAAGAACAAUUAUAGAUCAAUAUUUUUACAAAAAAAAUAAAUAACAAAUGGAAAAACACCAAAUAGUAAGUGACACAUGCACCUUUUAACCUUUACAAAUUACAACUGGUCAAAAAAUGAUUGAGACUGGAGUAUGAGAUAGACCAUCUAAUAGUUUAGUAUUAUUCAUGAUUAAACUCUAGCUGGGAUUAAAAUGAGGAGACCAAGUAUAGUUAACUUCAUUUUGGUGCAAAAAAACAAAAAAAUAAACAAGAUUUUGGAUGACUUUGUGUUUCACCCAAAAGUUAAGGUGGUGUUAUACUGUUAUUAGACAAAAGUAUGCAAUAGACAGGUGGUCUUAUUGUUAUUAUUAUAAAAAAACAAGUUUUACAAUACACAAAUAACAUAUCCUCAAAACAUAUUUUAAAAAAUACUCAUCCUCAAGAAUUCAUCCUUUGGAUCAUGAGAAAAUGCUAUAUUCCAAGUACUGUUGUAUAAUAUUCUAAAUAUCCCAACUUUGAAGGGUAUUUCUUUUUUAGUUGGGGUGGUCUCAGAGAACUUUGCUGCUAUUACUGGCAAUAUAUAGGCAUUUUUGCAGUGAAUUCUAUAUUGUUUUUAGCUUUUGGGUAAUUGAAUAAACUAUGGAAUCAGUACUUAGUUUCAGGGUAUUUCCUAGUUUCCCUAAAAGGUUAGGGUAUAGACAUGGGUUUAGAGGUAGAAAUUGGCAUGUAGGAAGCAUUGGUGGAGGGAAAAGAAGUGGCAAGGAAGUAGAUUUUAAACAGCUAGAAGUGUUAUGGGAUGAUGGGUUUGGGUCUGUAAGUAUGAAGGACUAUCUUGAUAUUGCUAAAGAGAUGAUCAAGCCGGAUGGUGGACCGCCUCGUUGGUUUAGCCCUGUUGAAUGUGGCCGCCCUUUGAAGGGUUCUCCUUUGCUUCUGUUUUUGCCUGGAAUGGAUGGUGUUGGGUUGGGUCUCAUUAUGCACCACAAGGCCUUAGGGAAGGUGUUUGAGGUUCAGUGUUUGCACCUUCCUGUUUAUGACAGGACACCAUUUGAAGGGCUGGUGGAAAUCGUUGAGCACGUAGUUCGGGAGGAGCAUGCUUCAUCUCCAAAUAAGCCCAUUUAUCUGGUUGGGGACUCUCUUGGAGGAUGUCUAGCUCUUGCUGUUGCUGCCCGUAAUCCGACUGUUGACUUGGUUUUGAUACUUGCUAAUCCUGCAACAUCACUGGAAAGGAGUCAGCUUAAACCAUUGUUUCCUAUCUUGGAGGCAUUCCCGGACGAGCUUCACAAUGCAGUUCCGUAUCUCCUUAGUUUUGUUAUGGGUGAGCCUGUGAAGAUGGCUAUGGUCAACGUUGACAAGAAACUUCCUCCUAGUCCAAUGCUUCGACAAUUGUCUGAAAAUCUUACUGCUUUGCUUCCACGGCUUUCUGUUAUAUCGGAUCUCAUUCCCAAGGACUCUCUUAUUUGGAAGCUUAAGCUGCUGAAAUCAGCUGCUGCAUAUGCAAAUUCACGCCUGCAUGCUGUCAAAGCUGAGGUGCUUGUGCUUGCUAGCUUAAAGGAUAACAUGCUUCCUAGUGGAGAUGAAGGAAAAAGGCUUUCUAGUUUGCUGAAGAAUUGUAAAGUUCGAACCUUCAAAGAGAAUGGGCAUACACUUUUGCUUGAAGAUGGCAUCAAUCUGCUCACAGUCAUCAAAGCUACUGGAAAAUUUCGUCGUUCAAAAAAGCUGGAUAGUGUCACUGACUUUGUGCCUCCGAGUCUGUCAGAAUACAAAUUUGGAUUUGAUGAAUAUACUGGAUGGCUUCAGUAUUGUACUAGUCCUGCAAUGUUUUCAACCUUAGGAGAUGGAAAGAUAGUGCAAGGUCUCAGUGGAGUGCCCAAUGAGGGUCCCGUCUUAUUAGUUGGUUAUCAUAUGUUGAUGGGUUUGGAGCUCUUUGGCCUUGUUGAAGGGUUUUUAAGGGAGAAGAAAAUCAUGGUUCGCGGUUUAGCUCAUCCUGCAUUUUUUGCUUCAAGCUCCUCAAACAAUAAUGAAAUCUCCUUAUUUGAUUACUCUAAAGUAUUUGGCGCUCUACCAGUCACUGCUACCAACCUCUAUAGAUUGCUGUCAACGAACUCUCAUAUACUUCUUUAUCCCGGUGGAGCACGUGAGGCUCUGCAUUACAAGGGUGAAGCAUACAAAUUGUUUUGGCCUGACCGACAAGAAUUUGUGAGAAUGGCUGCAAAAUUUAAGGCCACAAUUGUACCUUUUGGAGUAGUCGGGGAAGAUGAUAUAGCAGAGUUGGCCCUUGAUUAUAAUGACUUAAUGAAAAUCCCUGUGGUGAAUGAUCUUAUUCGACAAACUGCUGAUGAGGCAGGAAGAGUGAGGAACAUUGAUGAAGGGGAGGUUGGGAAUGAAAACCUAUUCAUUCCGGGACUUCUUCCCAAGAUACCUGGCCGUGUUUACUAUCUAUUUGGUAAGCCGAUUGAAACUCAAGGGAAAGAAGAACUUCUUAAAGAUAAAAAGAGUGCAGAAGAAUUGUAUAUGCAGAUUAAGUCUGAAGUAGAAUCAAAUUUAGAUUAUUUACUGAAGAAGAGAGAAGAUGAUCCUUACAGAAGUAUUGUUGACAGAACCAUUUAUAGGUUGCUAUCUACCCCUGCACACGAUGUGCCUUCAUUUACCCCAUAAAAGAAGAGGGGACUAUAAAGGUACACAUAUUUUUUACUGUAUCAUACAAAGAAAUGUAUAUAUUCAAUAUUUUUAAUGAUUUAUAUAUAGCAUAUAAUUUUUAUAUUAA